UGUUCCCAUGGUGACCGCUCAGCCUCAGCCAGCCACUGAGAGGAAGAGAAACCAUGGCUGAGGACCUACAGCCUGAAGUCUACCUGAGGCGGAAACACUGUGAGAUGAACAGUGUCAAAAAGCUCUGCAACCUAAGGGAGCUUCUGAACAGACUCCAGAAGGACCACAGAGAGGACAUAUGUGUGUAUAUCUCAGGGCACCUGAACCCCAAUAAGCUCUACAGGCCACAGGAGAGCCUCCUGCGUCAUUGGCACAAUGCCCACAGACCAAGGUGGGAGACGGUUUCCCCAGCAAGAACAAGAGAGGCAGGGGGUGGGAAGACUGCUGAGAUGAAGGAUGCUUUGUCUUAUUUUACCAUCAACACUACGCUGCUUCCCAGUGAUGCUCAGAACACGAAGCUCUUCAGGUAUUUAAACCCUGGAGCACAAACCUCUCAAACUUUGCAUGAUCCUGAAGAUUUCAUUCCAAAGCAGAUUCUCCAGCAAGAAGAGGCGCUUGAGUGCCCCUCAGAGCAACGCCGGAGAGAGGAGCUCAGGUUGCCUGAGAUGAAGGUACUGAGGUUCAAAGAAGCAGUGUCCAGCCGCCAGUGCACCCUGUCUCCCCCAAGCAGAGAAGCGUACCACUAUGUCAGCUCCUACCUAGCUGGUUUGACAAAAGCGGACAGGUAUAAGAAGUUCUUGAGUUUCCAAAAGGAAGUUGUGGCAAAGCAAGAUCUGAAGAGUGAUUUCACUGGGAGUAAGGUGGCAAUCAGCCAUGAAAAGAAGCUGGAAGAGGAACUCCAGAAAAUAUGCACAUGCAACUCUCAGGAGUUCAACAGGCUGCAGGUCUUUGGAGAUGUCUUUGAAGACAUUUGCAACAGCUCUCUGAUAUUUGGUGACCUCUUGAAAGAAAUUAAGAACGAGUAUGAACUCUAUAUGGCAAUACUUCUGGACUCCCACCCUACAGAGCAGAUUAAGACACUCCAGGCAGAAGUCCAAGGACUGGAGAAGGGCCCUGUGAGGCCUGAGGAUGUUCAUCAGGCCAAGAGGGAGCUGAGGAGGCUCGUGCAGGCCACCAAGGCAGCCCUGGAGAACAAUGACACACUGAGAAAUGAAUUAGAGAUGGAACACAAGUUGCUGCAGUCUGCUAAGGAAAAAUCAGAAUCAUCUCAGAAAACUAUAAUUGAUGAAGAACAUCUUACUCUUACUGAGAAGGUUGAAAAGAAGAGAUGUGAAAUACUGAAUAAAUGGAAUGAAAUUCAAGCUCUUGAAAAACAAAUUAAAACUACUUUGGUGCAUACCAACAUUUCAGAUAUCGUUGAGAGUAAGAUUAAAAGCAUAGAGAAUGAAGCUAUAAAAUUGGAAACAAAAAAUAGGAUUCUACAGAAGAAAAUACAAGUCAUUGGAAACAAUGUGAAUCAGAUCAUGAAAAAGAGUAAAAUCAGUAAGGAGGAACGACAGAAUCUUUGGGAAUUUAUCACAAAAUUUGUAGAAGAAACAAAAAAUAACUCUCAAAGGACUGAAGAGAUGACAUAUGAAAAUUGACAACUGCCAGGUACAUAGCCUGGAUGUCUGCAGAUGUAUAAAUUAAUGAAGAUCUAUUACAUUUUGUCAUCUUUAAACCUAUUAAUGUGUGAUGCACCCUA